GCCGUGUUUCCGUUUCAAUGGAUUAAAAAAUGUCAACUAGCAUCCGAAAAUUUUUAGUUUAACAUCAUCUAAAUUUGGUACAAGUUCAAGCCCACAAAACCAACUUUGAAUGUGAACCUUCCUUUUUUAACUCCUACAAUUUUCUUAACUGCUUUCCUCAGAGUUGGUUCAUAGGCGAAAAAGAAAAGAAGAAAAAAAAAUGUCAGCCGCUGUAGGAACUUUCUCAGCAUCCAAAGAAAUUGGUUUCAACAAAAAUGAAACAAAAAAUGAAGAGUUGAGAGAUAACAAAGACAAGAAGUUUGUUGAUGAUGAAGCUGAGAACAAUAAUGAUCACCAUGAAGAUGGUGAUCAUCACAAUGAGAGUGAACAUGAUGAAGAAGAUGAUGCCAAGCUGAAAUCUGACAAGGAAUUGGAUCUUGGUCCUCAGUUUUCACUCAAAGAGCAGCUUGAAAAGGACAAGGAUGAUGAAAGUUUGAGGAGAUGGAAGGAACAGCUUCUUGGCAGUGUUGAUAUGUCUGCAGUUGGAGAGAGUAAGGAACCAGAAGUUAAGAUACUAAGCCUCUCAAUCCUAUGCCCUGGCCGGUCAGACAUUAUCAUGCCAAUUCCAUUUGCAUCCAAGCCAAAGAGCAGUCUGUUUAUACUAAGGGAAGGGAGCCGACAUCGCCUCAAAUUCUCCUUCAUUGUCUCCAACAACAUUGUCUCCGGACUCAAAUACACAAACACUGUGUGGAAGACUGGUGUUAGAGUGGACAACACGAAACUAAUGUUGGGGACAUUUAGCCCUCAAAAAGAACCUUAUACAUAUGAAUUGGAAGAAGAAACUACUCCUUCAGGCUUGUUUGCUAGAGGCUCAUACUCUGCAAGAACCAAGUUUGUUGAUGAUGAUGGCAAAGCCUAUUUGGAUGUGAGUUACCACUUCGAAAUCCAGAAGAACUGGCCAUCACGUCCUUGAAACACACCUUAUCUGUGUAUUUUUCAAUUGUGCUUGAUUUUUUUUUUUUUUUUACCAUUUUCAUUGUAGCUUCAGUUUGAUGUUUCAUUUUCUUUGUUUUUGUCUGUAUGAUUAUUGGUUAUUGUCUGUCAGUCUACAUAUCAGGGCCUUCACAUUCCCUUUGAUUAAGGUUGCAAACUGUACAUAAAAGGUCCUUCCAAAGGAACUUGCUACAACAAAUGGUGAAAUUAUUAUCUUUGUGGGGAUGAAAAUGACAGGGCAAUGGACACCAUGUGCCAUGAUUUAGCAAUGGUGGAUCUUCUUUUAAAUUUUGUAAUUUGUAUGCCUCCAUUGCAAGGUUCCAAAGUAAAUGCCAAUUUAAAUAGUGGUCCUUGUACUAUAAACCAUUGUCACAUGCAAUUUGCUGCCUUGAAGACUU